AUGCCGCCGAUUGAACAAAGAGUGCGCCCUUCAACGAGCGAAGACAUAUCGGCGCCGCGAUCCAAGUACCAACUUGUGAGUUAUGCCGAGGACAAAACACAGGCAUACAAACAAGUAGUUGCUCUGGAACAAAAGCUUGAUUGCAUGGUUUCCAUGUUAUCAGCAUCCCACCGGUCCAGUCCCCACGACAGAUCCGAUGACCUGCCAAGGGAACCGCAGUUAGCACCAGCAGACGAACUAAUUGUUGUCCCAAACUUCGAAGAAGGGGCAAGAUCAAUGGAAGUUUACUUAAAUCAAAUGGUUCCUCUGUUUCCUUUCGUUGUGAUCCCACCUGGAACCACACCAGAAGCGCUAUAUCAAGAAAAACCAUUCCUUUACCGAACCAUUACAAUGGUCGCUUGCAAAAAUGGUACUCGGCAACGAGAAAUGGCGAAGUCUGGGAGAAAGUAUCUAGCUGAGCAUAUUGUCACGAAUGUGGAAAGCAGCUUGGAUCUUCUCCAAGGGCUUGUGGUCCAUGUCGCUUGGUUCGUCAAGUCAUAUGUCUCGUUGGUUAACCAAGGUCUGACUAUUUGA